CGGAUUAAAGUUUUAACUUCAGCGCCGGAAAUGCCGCAAACAGACUCUAACUGACGUAGAAGUGCCGUGAAGCCUGGGUUUACGGCAGCGUGUGUAUGUGGGACUGACUCGGAACAAAAGAAGUUCGUUUAUGUUUCGGGUUUUCUGGUUCUGGUUCUUCUCGGACCCACCUAUUCUACCCGUUAGGAAGUGACGUAACCAUCUCUUUACUUUGUUUUCGGGGGCUCGUCCACGACACGUGGGGGGUGCGCGCACACUCCGUGAAGAUGACGAAGCGGCCGAACAUUCUUCUAACAGGAACUCCUGGAGUAGGAAAAACCACUUUGGGGAAGGAGCUGGCCAAGCGGACCGGACUGACCUUUGUGAACGUUGGCGAUAUGGCGGAGGAAGGUCAGCUGUAUGACGGCUACGAUGAAGAGUACCAGUGUCCGGUUCUGGACGAGGACCGGGUGGUGGAUGAGCUGGAGGAGAAGAUGGAGGGUGGUGGUGUGAUUGUUGACUAUCACGGCUGUGACCUUUUUCCGGAGCGCUGGUUCCACAUUGUUUUCGUCCUCCGGACGGACAACACUCUGCUGUACACCCGGUUGGAGAACAGGGGCUACACAGGAAAGAAGCUGCAGGACAACGUGCAGUGUGAGAUCUUCCAGACCAUCUACGAGGAGGCCAUGGAGGCCUACAGCCAGGAGAUCGUCCACCAGCUGCCCAGCAACACACCCGAAGACCUGGAGAGGAACCUGGAGCAGAUGGUGCAGUGGACUGAACAGUGGAUGAAGGACCAUAACUAGAACCUGAAUCAUUGCAUCUGUAGUGUUCCAGAUGUUUUCUUCAUGUCUCACAAAGUGGACAGUGACCACUUCCUUUCCAGACCAGACCACCUCAGAAAUCAGAUCUACAGGCAGUGUUUGAACCCCCGUUUCCAGCAACCAACUAACAAAUGUAAAAAACUUUGUUCUGUUCAGAGAAAAUAAAAUAAUUUUAAG